AUGCCGGUAGAUGAGCAGCAGUUUGUAGACCUGCUGGGAAAGAUUCCCGUGCAGUUCCGGCAGUACACAAACGAUGCGGCCGAUUUCAUAGACAAAGGUGUCGACCGCGCCGCCAACGUCGUUCGCGACACCCUGAGCUCCCAGACAUGGAUUCCUGACUCGAUGCGGCCCGCGCCGCCCGUCAAGGUGCCCGUGGUCGUGGUCUCCAUGUCAACAUGGGAGCGCGCCCAAGAUUGGGUGUCAAAACACAAGAUUCUCACAGGCGUCAUCGUCGUUGUCUGCGGUACCGUAGUCUUCAAAGGCUACCAAAAGUCCAGGUCGAUGCGAAAAUCACGGCGUGCCAAGCGUGCCAGGAACGGUGGCCGCACCGAAGUCGUCGUCAUCGCUGGUUCGCCUACACUGCCCCUGACCAAGUCCCUCUCGCUGGACAUGGAGAGACGCGGCUUCAUCGUGUACGUCGUCUGCGACGCGCCCGAGGACGAGAAAAUGGUGCAAUCUUACGCGCGCCAAGAUAUCGCUCCUCUGAAGAUUGAUACGACGAAUCCUCCUAGCGCCGGAUCUGCUAUCGAAAAGUUUGCGGCGUACCUCCAGUCGCCGCAUGCUCCCGGUCCUCACAUAAAGCCCAACCAGCUGACUCUGCGAUCCGUCAUUCUCAUCCCGAGCCUCCACUACCAGACCUCGCCGAUUGCGACGAUACCUCCCUCGAGCUUCGCCGACUUGUUCAACACGCAUCUCCUACACCCCAUCCUCACCAUCCAGGCUUUCCUCCCGCUGCUCACAUCUCGACUCCAGCCUAUUGGUGAGAAGUGGGUGCCGCCCAAGGUCAUGGUGCUGACACCCUCCAUCAUCUCGUCCAUCAACCCUCCGUUCCACGCUCCGGAAGCUACCGUCUGCUCUGCGCUUUCAGCCUUUACGGAGGUCUUGACCGCGGAGCUGCGCCCUCUCGAUAUCCCCGUGACGCAUAUGCAGCUAGGCACUUUCGACUUUGCCGGGUUCGUCCCUGCCCGCAACCUCGCCAUCGGCCAGGGCCAGCACACGACCGGCCAGCCCCAGGAGACGCUCGUCUGGCCAGACGGCGCGAGACACGUCUACGCCCGUAAUUUUGUCGCGCAGACGAGCUCCGCCAUAUCCGGGGCGCGCAUCCGUGGCUUCAAGGGAAGCUCGCUGCGACGCCUGCAUAACUCUGUGUUUGACGUCAUUGACGGCUCCAUCACCAGCGACACGGUGCGCAUCGGCCUUGGCUCCAGCGUCUAUGGCUUUGUCGGCCGCUGGGCCCCGCGCGGGCUGGUUUCGUGGCUCAUGGGCAUUCGUCGCGUCGAUCAGCUCUCGACCUGGAAGGCCAGCGAGGAGGGAUCCUCGCGCACGCCCAGCGAAGACGGCGACAAUGCCAGCAACGAGUUCAUCGCCGUGCCUUCAGAGAUCAAUGCCUGGACGUCGGAAAGAGACAGUGCUCUCUGGACACCCGCGAAAGAGCCGGCCGCGUAA